CUUCACUGCCGCUCACAAUGGCCUCUGCUGUCAGCUCAACAAAGCACCUGCUCAGGGCAUCGCUGCGCUCGACACCAGCCAAUGGAUACACCUCAUACGUCCCUCAGUGCAGAAAGAUAGUCCUUUCUUUCUGUCAAAGGUUCCCCUCCUCCACCAACACUCGCACUUUUUUGCUCAAUGACCUCGAGCGGAUAGCAAAGAAGAACCCACACGUCGAGUUCGUUGUCAAGCAGCGGAAUGGCCAGGAACCAGUGGCUCAGGGCUUUUAUGUCAGUGGACGUGACAAGGUUAUCCCACUGAACGGCUUUGAGCCCAACGGUAUUGAGAAGAAAAUAAACCUUCUCCUGGACUCGUCCGGCGCCAAGAUCACUCAUCUGAAGAGAGGCCGCGUCGUGGAAAGCUCCCAAGAGUCUGCCAGGGGUAUUUGGAGCGGGAUGCACGUCGACAAACCCUUCGUAAUCUAGAGCUGUCUAAUGUUAACCUGUACCUGUCCUUCCGCCCUAUGCAUCCGGACCCCGGCCAUCAAUACCACCCUAUCCCUGUCUGUGUAUCUGCGUAUUUUCUGCCUCUGACGCCUUUCAGGGCCUGAUGAU